ACUGACAAGACAUUCUCUCAUCGCAUUCCCUGUAUCUGAGUUUUUAUUUUGUAAACAAAUAUAAUAUUAGCAUUUUACAAUUCCUCCGUCAUUUUUAAUGUGUUUAAAUAAUCAAAUUGAAUACUUAUAUAAUUCACGAAGAUGCCAGGAAGGCCCAGUAGAAAUAAUACUGAAGAAUCUUUGGAUAAUUUAGGUGACGCUAUUAACGAGUGUGUUCGUUAUAUUUUGUGUCGAGAAGGAAGUAAAAUACCGAUAAAACGUGUUGAUAUUAUAAAAUUUUUGAAUAGUACUUGCCAAGUGUCAACAAAUCAAGUCAAUUCAAUUAUCCGGGAAUCUGAGACGAUUUUAAAACAGAUAUAUGGUUAUAAGUUAGUUCAAGUUGAUUCAAAGAGUGGUAUUCAAUAUAUAGUUGUGCUGGUUGAACCAAGUGAAGGAUCCUUACUUUCAUCCACAAUAGACCCACAUCAACGUCAGUUGCUUGUAGCUGCAUUGACACACAUUUUAAUGAGCAGAGCUCCUGUGAAAGAAGAUGACAUGUGGAGCUUCCUUGCAGAAACUGGUUUACUGGAGGAAAAUAACUUUUCAGGACGGAAAAUUCUUACUCAUCUAUUUACUAGACAACAAUAUCUGAAGUAUUCAAAGGUUGGUGAAGGAGAUUUGGCACGAAAUCUAUUUGAAUGGGGUCGGCGGGCUAUAGAGGAGGUCCCAAAAAUAUUUCUUCUGAAUAAGGUUGCACAAGCAUUGGGGAAAGAACCAACCUACUGGUCUGAACACUAUAAAGAUUGCACCACUGAGCAAGAGUGAAUAUUAUUUAAGUAAUUCUGUAUAUUGUGUAUCCUGAAAUAAUUAUUGAGUUUUUAAUAAUAAAUUGUGUUUAUAUU